AUGUUGAAUGCUCGUCCGUUGUACGACUCGUUUCCCUUCCUUCCAUCCCCGUUUACCUCUCCCCACCCCAACCCCCACUCUUCCCUCUCCUUUCGUCCCCGGAAUCCCGCUCCUACCCCUUCCCCGCCGCCAUCGCCCAGCGACGCCAUUUUGAACGACCCGGGCUUCUUGUCGCGCGCGCUGCAGUCGCACGCGUGCGACGGGCCGCUGGUCGCACAGCUGGCGGGCAACGACCCCGCGGAGAUGGUGCGCGCGGGCUGGGCGGUGCUGGCGCACAUGGCGCGCGCGGAGCGCACGGGGUGCAUGGGGGAAGGCGCGCAGGGGGAGGGGGAGAAGGCGGAAGAGACGAAGGCGAGUGGGGAAAACGGGAGGAUGGGAAGGCGAUGUGAAUUGAAUGAGACGCGAGUUGAAGCGGGGGACGCGGCAGAGGCAGAACGAAGGGAGGGAGGAGGAGGGGGAGAAGCGGGGCGUGUAUGUAGAGGUGAAGGAGGUGAAGGAGGUGAAGGGGUGGAGAGGCAGGGGGAGGUGUGGGAGUUGAAGGAGGGGCGGCUGCACAGAGGAGAAGAGGGAGCAGCUGCUACGGAGGAGCAACGUGAAUGUAAUCGUGAUGACGCCGGCUACGAGCGCUAUGGCGCGUGUGAGAGCUGUGGCAGUGCGAGCAGGGAGGAAGAGGAGGAAGAGGAGACGAGAGAGAAGAGGGGCGGCAGGGAGCGGUCGGAAAGUGUGAAGGCUGUAGCAACAGCAAUGUCGAACGUAGGCUGCCUAGCACCACUAUUGCCAACGGCAGCAGCAGCAGCAGUUUCAACAGCAGCAGGUGCUGGUGCAGUGGCUCGUCCUGUUGGGUGGACGGUGGACCCAAAGUCCUCUCGCCUGCCCCAAUGCUACUUUGCCCCCCCACCUGUAACCCCACCCCCCCUCCCCUCCGCGCGCUGUGAGCAGGAUCUACCUUUAGUUUACGCCAUGGUGCGAGCCAUGGCAUCGCAGCUGCCCAUCCCAAUCUUCUGCAAGAUCCGCCUCAUGCCCUCCCUGCCCCAGACCAUCGCCCUCUGUCGUGGGCUGCAGGAGGCAGGCUGCUCGCUCAUCGCGCUGCACGCUCGCAUGCCAGCUGGCACCGUGAAAAGGCGAGUGGGCCCCGCUGACCUGGCAGCCGUGCGAGCUGUCAAGCAGGCCUUGGCCAUCCCCGUGCUCAGCAACGGUAACAUCUCGUCACCUGCUGACGUGGCCGCCAACCUGGCGUUCACCGGGGCAGAUGGUGCCAUGUCAGCAGAGGGCGUGUUACACGACCCCAAGAUCUUCAGCGGGGGAAUCUCCUCUCGGGAGGAGCGCCUCUCAGUGGCCUUGGAGUACCUCUCCCUGUGCCACCAGCUAGGCUCGGUGGAGUCAGGCUCGGUAACCUGGCCCGGCAUUCGUCUGCAUCUGGAGUACAUGCUUGGGCGGCGAGGGGCAGGGCGGUCAGUGUCCUUUGCUCACCAGGGUGCAUACCGGCGGGGAUGGGAGCUGAGAGCAGCUCUGCAUGCUGCUGCCUCGCUGCCUGCCCUUCGCCACGUGCUGCUGCAGGCUCUGGUGCCCCCAUCCGAUGCCUCUGCUACAGACGCCCCAUCCGAUGCCUCUGCUACAGACCCCUCCUCCCAUGCCUCCGUUACAGACGGCCCCACCCAUGCGUCUGCUACACACCCUCCCUCCAAUCCCACUGCUACAGAACCAUGA